GUUAGAGGGGGAGGCGGCCCCUGGCCGCGGACUCUUUUUCGUGGCGGAGGCCGCGGAAGCCGUGGACGCUUCACGACGGGGGGAGGGGCUGUACGUCCAAGAUGGCGGCGCCCUGUAGGCUGGAGGGACUGUGAGUAAACAGCUGACGGGGAGGAGGCGCUGGUGAUCAUGAAAGACACCAGGUUGAGAAGACUGGAAACUAAAGUCCCAAUUAUUCCCCGAACAGUCUGGUAGUGGCCCUAAUGAAGAGCUGUCUGAACCUUUAAUGCAAGUCCUGGAGCCAGCACAGCAUAGUGGUGCGAGAGAAUGGCCCAGCCAGGGAAUGUCGGGGAGCUGCUCUCCAUGCUGGAUUCUCCCACACUGGGUGUGCGUGAUGAUGUGAUGGCUGUCUUUAAAGAGAAUCUCAACUCUGACCGUGGUCCUAUGCUUGUAAACACAUUGGUGGAUUAUUACCUAGAAACCAAUUCUCAGCCGGUAUUGCACAUCCUGACUACCUUGCAAGAGCCACAUGAUAAGCACCUUUUGGACAAAAUCAAUGAAUAUGUGGGCAAAGCCGCCACCCGUUUAUCCAUCCUGUCGUUGCUGGGGCAUGUGGUGAGACUGCAGCCGUCGUGGAAGCAUAAGCUCUCUCAAGCACCUCUCUUGCCUUCUUUACUAAAGUGUCUCAAGGUGGACACUGACGUCGUCAUCCUCACAACAGGUGUCUUGGUGUUGAUCACUAUGCUACCCAUGAUUCCACAGUCUGGGAAGCAGCAUCUUCUUGAUUUCUUUGAUAUCUUUGGCCGUCUUUCCUCGUGGUGCCUGAAAAAACCAGGCCACGUGACAGAAAUCUAUCUUGUCCAUCUCCAUGCCAGUGUUUAUGCCCUCUUCCAUCGCCUUUAUGGGAUGUACCCUUGCAACUUUGUCUCCUUUCUGCGUUCUCACUACAGUAUGAAGGAAAACUUGGAGACUUUUGAAGAAGUGGUCAAGCCAAUGAUGGAGCAUGUGCGAAUUCACCCGGAAUUAGUGACUGGAUCCAAGGACCAUGAACUGGACCCUCGAAGGUGGAAGAAAUUAGAAACUCAUGAUGUUGUCAUAGAGUGUGCCAAAAUCUCUCUGGACCCUACAGAAGCCUCAUAUGAAGAUGGCUACUCUGUGUCUCACCAGCUCUCCACCCGCUUCCCUCAGCGUCCCAUGGAUGUCACCACCAGCCCUUAUGUUGACACACAGAAUAGCUAUGGGAAUGCUGCCUCCACCCCUUGCUCCGCCUCCCGGCUGACGUUGUUCAGUACGCCAGGGCAGCUAGCUCACCCUUCGAGUUUCCCGUCUACACGGCCGUUACCUGAGCCGCCAAAAGCUACUCUUUGGAGCCCAUCCAUGGUUUGUGGGAUGACCACCCCCCCGACGUCUCCUGGAAAUGUCCCACCUGACCUGUCACACUCGUACAGUAAAGUCUUUGGAACAGCCGGUGGAAAAGGAACUCCUCUGGGGACCCCCGCAACCUCCCCUCCUCCAGCCCUGCCCUGCCACCCGGAUGACUACCUGCACAUCUCACUCCCCCAGGUCGUGGCCACACCCCCCAGGAAGGAGGAGAGAGGAGAGUCUGCGCGGCCGAGUCUCCACAGGCAGCCCCACCUUCCCAGUGACAGAGGCUUAGAAGAGCUGCCUGGCCCCAAAGGCUCUGUCACUCUGAGUGAUCUGCCGGGCUUCUUAGGUGAUCUGGCCUCGGAGGAAGACAGUAUCGAAAAAGAUAAGGAGGAAGCCGCAAUAUCUAAAGAGCUUUCUGAGAUCACCCCAGCAGAGGCGGAGCCUGUGGUUCCUCGAGGGGGCUUUGACUCUCCCUUCUACGGAGACAGUCUCCCGGGCUCUCAGCGGAAGACACACUCAGCUGCCUCUGGGAUGCAGGGCUCCAUUGCGAACCCCGAGCCUCUACACUCCUCCCUGGACAAGCUUGGGCCCGACACACCAAAGCAAGCCUUUACUCCCAUAGACCUGCCCUGUGGCGGAGCUGACACCAGCCCUGCAGGGGACAGGGCCCCCCAGACUUCCCUGGCAACCAGCAUUCUCACUCCCAGCCCUUGCAAAAUUCCACCUCAACGGGGAGUGGAUUUUGGAAGUGGGCAGCCUCCCCCAUAUGAUCAUCUCUUUGAGGUGGCCUUGCCAAAGACUGCCUGUCACUUUGUCAGCAAGAAGACGGAGGAGCUGUUAAAGAAAGCAAAAGGAAGCACCGAGGAAGACUCCGCGCCCUCUACCUCCCCCAUGGAAGUACUGGAUAGACUGAUACAGCAGGGAGCAGACGCACACAGCAAGGAGCUUAGCAAGUUGUCCUUACCCAGCAAGUCUGUCGACUGGACCCACUUUGGAGGCUCUCCUCCCUCAGAUGAGAUCCGCACCCUCCGAGACCAGUUGCUUUUACUGCACAACCAGUUACUCUAUGAGCGCUUUAAGAGGCAGCAGCACGCUCUCCGGAACAGACGGCUCCUCCGAAAGGUGAUCAGGGCAGCAGCCCUGGAGGAGCACAAUGCUGCUAUGAAAGAUCAGCUGAAGUUACAAGAAAAAGACAUCCAAAUGUGGAAGGUGAGUCUGCAGAAAGAACAAGCCAGGUACAGUCAGCUGCAGGAGCAGCGUGACACUGUGGUGACCCAGCUCCACAGCCAGAUCAGACAGCUGCAGCAUGACCGAGAAGAAUUCUACAACCAGAGCCAGGAACUCCAGACAAAGCUGGAGGACUGCAGGAGCAUGAUUGCGGAGCUGCGGGUGGAGCUGAAGAAGGCCAACAGCAAGGUGUGCCACACCGAGCUUCUGCUCAGUCAGGUCUCUCAGAAGCUCUCCAACAGUGAGUCGGUGCAGCAGCAGAUGGAGUUCUUGAACAGGCAGCUGUUGGUGCUCGGGGAGGUCAACGAGCUGUAUUUGGAACAGCUGCAGAACAAGCACUCGGACACUACCAAGGAAGUGGAAAUGAUGAAAGCCGCGUACCGGAAAGAACUAGAAAAAAACAGAAGCCACGUUCUCCAGCAGAAUCAGAGGCUGGAUACUUCUCAGAAACGCAUUUCGGAACUGGAGUCUCAUCUGGCCAAGAAAGACCACCUCCUCCUGGAGCAGAAGAAGUACCUGGAGGAUGUCAAGGCCCAGGCUAGAGGACAGCUGCAGGCUGCGGAGAGCAGGUAUGAGGCUCAGAAAAGGAUCACACAGGUGUUCGAGUUGGAGAUCUUAGACUUGUAUGGCAGGUUGGAGAAAGACGGCCUCCUGCAAAAACUCGAAGAGGAAAAACCAGAGGCAGCAGAAGCUGCAGAAGAAAGGCUUGACUGUUGUUAUGAUGGCUGCUCAGAUCCCAUGAAAGGGCACAAGGAAGAGGCAUCUGGGCACAAUGGUGAGACCAAGACCCCUGGGCCUGGCAGCAUGCGGGGGAGCAGUGGAGGCCGAGGAGCUGGAGGCGGUGGCAGCAGCAGCAGCAGCAGUGAGCUUUCCACCCCAGAGAAACCCCCAAGCCAGAGGGCGGGCCCAUUCAGCAGUCGGAGGGAAGCCACUGUGGGUGAGCCCACCACCAGCAUCCCAACUGUCGGUUCACUGCCCAGUUCAAAAAGCUUUCUGGGCAUGAAGGCCCGAGAGUUGUUUCGAAACAAGAGUGAGAGCCAGUGUGAUGAGGACGGCAUGAGCAUCUGCAGCCUCCCCGAGAGCCUAAAGACAGACCUGGGCAAAGACUCGGGUGUGGAAGCCAAGACUUCCCUGAACCUAGACGGCCCGCAUCCUUCUCCCCCCAGCCUGGACAGUGUCGGACAGCUUCGUAUCAUGGACUACAAUGAGGCUCGUCACGAACACAGCUAAGGGGAGCUCAGUCAGUGUUAUCCUGCAUCUUGGUGGCAUAGAACAGGAGGUGUGAGUGCAUGUUCAAGGCGUUCCUGUCUCCAGGGUCUGAGUGGUUGCUCAAGUGUGGAAGUGGGACAGAGGUCCCUUUGACAUCUGACAGAGUGCAGGCGGUUUUCAGAUCUGGCAUUGAAAAGCCUCUUCACCUUCCCCUCGCCCUGCCCCUAACCCUUUCAUUUACCUAUCAGUGUGUACUAAUCGAGGGCCAGUUGGUGCUCCUCAGUAGCUUUGUUUUCUUCCUUCUCCCCCGCAAAUGGUUGUGUCCUUUGGACCUGUGCAAUAGGAGGCCAGAUUCCACCUCUGAGUCUGACAGCACUCUGCUUUCCUGAUGCUCAGAUCACUGGGUGGCUCUCGGUUAGACCAGGCAGUUGGCAGCCUUGCAGGUAAGUCCAGUGUGUCCCUCCUGUGAGGCUGUGGCCUGCAGAGCUGAGUGUCUUCGUGUGGAAGCAUCUGUGGGAGACUGUCCCGAGUUUUGGUUCUGCAGUGCAGCAUCUGCAGCAGCAGAUCUAGCAGGACGAGGGUUCCUUCGUCCUUCCUUUCCUUUGGUGGUUCUGACACAUCGAGGAAGUUGCGUGUGAACAAGCACCGGUUGUUUCACAAGGGUAGCUGCCGCUGUGGAGGCCGCACGCCCCCGCCCUUUGGGAAAGCUCUUGUCCCUCCUUCCCCCACUACCUCUUAUUUAUUUGGUGUUUGCUUGAACGCUGGUACCAUGCUGAGCCCAGGCUGGCGUGAGGGCAGCGACCCUGUGCCCUGGGUUGUGGGGAGGUCACUUGGAGAGGCCCCAGGAGCUCUUGGGCAUGUGGCGCCAUGCCUCUGGGCUGCUGUCUUGUAGCUGAGCCUUUGGUUUAGCCCUUCGGUCGGGCUGCCUUCCUCCCUUGAGUUCCCUGUGCCUCUUUUGUGUCACCUGCUUCAGGCACUGCAGCAGAGAGGCCGUGAAAGUCCAGAGUUGCCUCAGAGCUUACGUGAAUGUCUUUCAGGCUGAGGGUUGCCUCACUACUGUCAGUUCCGGGCCACCAAAAAGGUAGCUUUUUCACACCAUUUCUGACUUUCAGAGCUGGCUCUCUCAGGAGCUUGAUGUUGUCAUCCUCCCCCAUGUUAGGAAUGACAGAGCAACCGAAAGCGGAUUCUGGGGGAGUAUUGGAAAGGCCAACUGCCUGUCCCCACUGGGCUGCCCCACGUGCUCACGAGAAGGGACACCAGUCAGACACUGAUGGCAGUAGGGGACCCAAACCCAGCAGAUGCUCCUAAAUAAACACUAGCACCCUAAGAGCAGUUGCCUGGUACUCCAGCCCGGCCCGGGAGCAACUUGGCAAAAAAGAGCCCUGUUUGUGUUCUUUCAGAGAAAAGAAGGGUUCAACCUUGAGAAAUAGAAACCAAUGGUACGAAAUCUUGGCUUCCAGCGUGUGCAGGGGGAAAGUCUUUAUUUAAAGGUGCGGCAAUGAGCAUCCUAGCAUCCCUCGUGCUCUCUUGGGCAGCACAUAUACUAGGUAUCCUAGCGUCCCUGACUGAAAGAAACCAGGCCUUUAGAGACUCCGUGUCACCAUGGUGAUAGUGAUGAAGACCUGCUGGGGACAGGACUUGUGUGACUGACACCCAGUCUGUGGGAGGGGAAGGCAUGGCCCUGCUGCUUCAGCCCACAGAGCCCAGCGCUGGUGCUGUCGAAGUACCAGUAAGGCCACACUUUUAAUGCGGCUUUGUCCAAAGGAAAGCUUACAAUCCAAUACAUCCUAGCUUUCUGGUUCCGUAUUAGAAAAGGACAACGUGAACAAAUUCAGAACAGCAAGGAAAUGUUACAGAUUAACCAUUGAAAUCGGUUUUAAGUGCUUUCUUCCUUCCCAAGCCUACGAGAUCUGUGCCACAGAACAAAGAUAAAAGGAAUUUACCUUGAAGCCUUUUCCUUAAUUAGUAAAGGAGAAUGUAAGAAAAACAAAUUGAUUUUUAAAAGGACAGAUUGUGAACUACAGGGAAGGAAGUAGGCGGUGUAGUACAGUGAGGCUCUGCGGCCACUCCAGGGCUCUGUCUCCCCAGCUUUACAAGCCUGGGUGGACCUGGCCUGGUCCAGCUCACGCUCCUUUGUGCUCUAGGAGGCCAUGGGUUUAUUCAGCUGAGCUUGGGAGGUUGAUACCUGGGGCCAUGGUGAAGUUACUCUAUCAAAAGCACAGGUUUUUAUGGUGCACAGGACUCCAUUGUCGACGGUAGAGUUUGCCCUCGCUUGGAAAGUGAUAGACCUGUCCAUAGUCCAUGUGUUGCCAGAUACUGCAUCACUUGCUGGCGCUGCAGGCAGUCGUUUUAAGGGCAGAAAGGCGAUAGGUAGGAGAGGAACUCCUGAAAGGCAAAUGAGGCCUGGACAAGGGUAUCAGGACAGUUAGUGGCGUGCAGAGCCUGUCUUGGCACUGAUUAACUAGCCUGGUGUCUAGUUUUGGGGUUGGGUGGCCUCCAUCCUAUAUCACUGUGUUCCCGCGCUGUGAAAGCGAAGAUGCAUAACUUUAACUCCUGGCAUCAGCCAGGGUAGCAGGGCCCCAGGGAGCCUAGGUCUGUGUCUCAUUCAGCAUGAAUCUGUUUAAAAAGAAGCACUGCAACAUUAUUUGGGGCAUGGAGGAAGAAGGAAAAGGAGUAGGAAGGUACAGAGGAAAUGAGCUCCUGGAGCUGCUGAUACAGGAAAUAAGCAUGUGUCUCUGACAGAGCCUUUCGUGGGGUUUUAAGAAGCUGCUGCUAAGGCUGCACCAUAAAAUCUAUAAAAAUUGUUACUGUAGAAUUAGGAGAAAUAUAUGGUCAUGAUUAUGAGAAACAAACUCAGAAGUAGGGGGUGUUAGGGUCAUUUCUUGGCUCCGGAGGUUUUGAGAAGUCCUUGUCGAUGAGUGCACAGACCAGUGUCACUGAAGCAGGCCUAGUGACUUCCUGGGUUUGUCAGCAGCUUCCGGGAGAGAAGGCUGCCUGGCCGCCAGGAAUAUGCUGCAGAAGGUGCUUAUUGUAUGUGAUGUGGUUGGGGCCAGCGGUCCAAACCAUUCUUAGAAGGUACUUUGUCAGCCCAGGAAAUGCUCCUGGAAGCCACUGACAAUUAGAAAAAUUAGCUUCCUCCUAACCUCCCUACCAUAGUCAGAGGCCAGAACUUCCCUGGGCAAAAGCAAGAUAAAAAGCCACAAAGCCGAGACUGAACAUUGGCAGCAGCUUGUACUUUCCAGUGCUCUUGUUGAGAAAGAUGAAACAGCAGCAGAUCAGAGGAGGCAUGCAGUGGCUGUGGGGGAAAGGGUCCGUGGGCUGGAGCACAGAGCUCCACCUCGCGUUGAGAGUAGAAAGCUGGGCACAGGUUUCUGUGCUGACAGUAAAGCGAGUGCGCGGUGACUGGCCGAUGGAAAUGGCCACCAAACACCAGAACCUACCACGGGAGCCAGAGAGAACUGGAGGGCAAACAGAAGUGCCAGGGAGGAUGCUUGGCGUGUCUUGCUGAGCACGAAGCAGUGGGGGCAGCGUGGACGUGCUGGGGCGGUGGGCACAGCACAAGCCCCGCCCACCAGAGAGGCCGGCUCCCGGGCGUGCAAAGACCCGGCUCACCCCUGUGUGUGCCUUGUCUCCACGGGCUAGAUUGACCUCCAGGAGGGCUGGAAAAUGAACCCAGCCUGAGAAUGUCCGGUCUGUUCAUAUCCGGAGUCCUGUGACACACAGCCCUGCCCCAGACUGCUGCGAAGUCACGAUGGCUCUCAGUGAGCUUUGCUCAGGUCAGGGCCUGGCCCUUAGGCUGCUCCUAGAGUCCUUGUUCCCAUGGCUUGACUCCCCAUCUGCACCUCCCCAGUGAGCCUGGGGCAGCAGGUGUUCCCAUCUUUGCCACACGGUCCUGCAGUAUGUAAAUGUUCGCCAGAGAGAAGAGUGGCUGCAGCUACACAGGAAUCCCGUUUCCUGCACGCCCAACCCCAUUCCCCGCACCCCCACCACUUCCAGCCCUGAGAGGAGUUAAUGAAAGCUGAGGAGCUUUGUGCCCCUUCCUGGUGCUGCCACAUUUUCCUCCGUCUGGGAAAGCGGGCUGGCGUAGCCAUUAGAGUAGAUCUCUGCGAGGAGAACCCAGGACCCCACAUAAGCCUUGCAGUGUUUGGACGGGAGGGUGCGGUGCUGUGGCACUGCUCUGGCUCGCCAGAGAGGCAGCCAGGCCUUUUGCGCUGGGAAUAGUCAGUGAUCUCUCCUCAGAAGACGUCUGUGGACCACAGAUCCAUUACAGAGGAACAGGUUUUGCUAAGCUAAAAUCUAGUUUCGUAACUCAAUCAUGGAUGAACCAUAUGUGGGUAACUUGCAGUUUAAAGGGAUCCCAUCAGUGAACAGAAUUCGAUUUUUUAAACAGACUGCUUUUAGUUAAAUGGAAGAAAGUCACUUCUUGUCAAAAGGUUUAAACUUUCCUGCCUUGAUCUUAAAAGCAUGUCAAACAGUCCACGUUGGAUGCCAUAGCUAUGAAUUGCAAGAGAACAUGGUACAAUCUCAGUGAACGGGAGUUGGAAUCAAAAGGGUUUGCUGUCCUUAGGAUGUUCUAAAAUGUCAAGGCAGUUGCUUGUGUUUAACUGUGAACAAAUAAAAAUUUAUUGUUUUGCACUA